AAAUAUUCUAAAAAUGGUAGAUUUUCAUUUUGCUCACUUAUUUUGUUAUCGUUUCUAAUUUACAAUAUAUGUGGUCGUUGCGUCAUUUAUUUUCAAACCCAUUUAUUUUAUUUUAAACUAUUUCAAUUAUCCUUACUUCACUGUUUCCAAAAUGUAAACAUAGUAUAAAUGUACGUAUAGUUAGUAUGCAUACAUAUAUAAAUGUUAUUGUGAACAGCUGUAUAAACAAAAGACCCAAGUAAAAAUGGAAUUCCGAAAUAAUGAUCCUGGAGCUGUACAAUAUGGAAACUUUAUAAACUACUAUAAUUUCAACAACGCGGGACAACGAUUAAAAUUACUACCACGCGAUGUGUGGAUUGGGACUGAGAAUCCCCAAACUGGCGAACCCUACUUGGUCCUGGAUAUUGGUUGCAAUGCUGGAAACCUGACUCAGCUGUUGUAUACAUUUUUAAAUGAAUGCGUUGGUACAACACAUGAUCGCAAUAUACAAAUACUAGGUGUUGACAUCGAUUCAGAUUUAGUGAAACGAGCUAAAACUGGAAAUGAGUUUCCGUCAAAUGUGAGUUAUGAACAUUUGGAUAUUAUGGAUUCAAAUGAGUCUCGUAAAAUUGCCGAAUAUUUGCACAAAUGGAAUCGUAAAACCUUUGACGUGAAAGACUUUGUGACCUGGCUAAAUUACUUGUUGUUGAACCACAACCAUGGAAAUGUUAUCAAACUGCGUUACGACGAAUGAAAAAAGCUGGCGAUGAAUUUCCGCUUUAUAAAGCUCUGCAGUGGCGUACAAAUGUAGAA